AGUUGCCAAGCUUUUGCUUUAUUGGCGCGGUAUUUCGAUUAUGCACACGAUGGGCGGAGCUGAGAACAGUUUGCUGCACAUACAGACAGCUGGAAUGUUGUUUGGAGGCGUGGUUAACAUCGGAGGUCGCGGAUGCUGCUUGGUUGAUUUGUGACGGCAGGUGGGCGCGGUGAAAGGAUAGGGGCGUGGAUAGGCCUGUCCGCUGUGUCCGUAUCUCCGUGUCUACUCAGUUGGGCGGUCGGCUAAGGAGAGUGGGACAGCUGGUUCGUGCAGCUUCCUAAGUCUUUACGCUCCGGAGCCUGAUGCCCGCGUUGGGUAUUCCGUGCCAGUCAGGGGGAGCAGGCCGCAGGGCUGGUGGGAUGGAGCCGCGGGUGUUUGGGCCGGCAGGAGGCAGCGCUGGGACUGGAGCCCGGGGGAAAACCAAAGGGAAGAAAGCGGGGAAGGGCCGAGGGCGGAGUAGCAAGUGCAACAACCCUCCCUACCUACCCCCGGAGGCCGAGGAAGGAAAUAUUGAGUACAAGCUGAAACUGGUGAACCCGUCUCAGUAUCGUUUUGAGCAUUUGGUGACCCAGAUGAAAUGGAGACUCCAGGAGGGGCGCGGCGAGGCUGUGUACCAAAUAGGGGUGGAGGAUAACGGUUUGCUGGUCGGGUUGUCAGAGGAGGAGAUGAAAGCCUCACUGCACACCCUACACCGCAUGGCAGAGAAGGUCGGUGCUGACAUCACGGUUCUGCGUGAGAGUGAGGUUGAUUAUGACAGUGAUUCCCCGAGGAAGAUAACAGAGGUUCUGAUACGCAAGGUCCCUGACAACCAGCAGUUCCUUGAUUUGCGAGUUGCUGUACUGGGGAAUGUGGACUCAGGAAAGUCAACUCUGCUGGGGGUUCUAACGCAGGGAGAGUUGGACAAUGGGCGGGGGCGGGCCAGACUCAACCUCUUCCGGCACCUCCAUGAGAUCCAGUCGGGUCGGACUUCCAGCAUCAGCUUUGAGAUCCUCGGCUUUAAUAGCAAAGGAGAGGUGAUAAAUUACAGUGAGUCACGCACAGCCGAGCAGAUCUGCGAGAGCGCUUCCAAGAUGAUCACGUUCAUUGAUCUCGCCGGCCACCAUAAGUACCUGAAAACCACUAUCUUUGGCCUGACAAGCUACUGCCCAGACUUUGCCAUGCUGGUUGUAAGCGCCAACACUGGCAUUGCCGGCACAACACGGGAGCACCUAGGUCUUGCCAUGGCACUGAAGGUACCCUUCUUUCUGGUGGUCAGUAAGGUGGAUCUGUGUGCAGCAGCCACAGUAGAGCGUACCCUAAGACAGUUGGAGCGUACCCUAAAACAGCCUGGGUGCAACAAGGUGCCGUUUAUGGUGCGCUCAGAGGAUGAUGCAGUAACAGCAGCACAGCAGUUUGCACAGUCACCAAACAUUACCCCAAUCUUUGCCAUCUCCAGUGUUACUGGGGAGUCCUUGGAUCUCCUCAAAGUCUUCCUGAAUAUUCUGCCUCCCCUCACCAACAGCCACGAGCAGGAAGAGCUGAUGCAGCAGCUGCCUGAAUUCCAGGUGGAUGAAAUCUACACUGUGCCGGAGGUGGGGACUGUGGUGGGCGGGACAUUGUACAGUGGAGUUUGUAAGGAAGGGGAGCACUUGGUAGUCGGGCCUACGGAUGGGGGUGUUUUCUUGCCCCUAAAAGUUUGCAGUAUUCAGAGGAACCGAUCCACAUGCCGUGUCCUCCGUGCAGGUCAGGCAGCAACACUGGCACUGGGAGACUUUGAGCGCUCGCUGCUCCGUAAGGGGAUGGUGUUGGUUAGCCCAGAGAUGCUGCCCACGGUGUGCUGGGUGUUUGAGGCAGAGAUUGUGCUGCUGUUCCAUGCCACGUCCUGUCGGCAAGGUGUGCAAGUCACAGUGCAUGUGGGAAAUGUCAGACAAACUGCGGUGCUGGAGCACAUUCAUGGCAAGGAUGAGCUUCGGACGGGCGAGAAGGCUGUUGUCCGCUUCCGCUUCAUUAAACACCCUGAGUACCUGAAGCCUGGCACCAAACUCCUGUUCCGAGAAGGCAUGACCAAGGGUAUCGGCCAUGUGUGCAGCCUCCAGGUGAUUGAUACAGAGAUUGGCGACCCUUGAUUUCCUCUAUUUGGACCUAUGGGACACUUUGCUCCACAUGCACCAAAUCAGAAGUCAGGGAAAGCCGUGCCGGCCCGAGGAGUCAUGCUGAUCUCUGGUCACUGGUCUGAUCAUGCCCCAAGCUCACUCAUUGGACAAAGCAGCUGAUUUAUAAUUCCCUUCACUCGUGCUGAUUUUAUGAUGAAAAAUUGCUUUUAUACGAGAAAAAGAAACCAUUUUACAUGUAUUUUUAUGAUUCCUGACAAAAAAUCUUUUAAUAAUGGACUUGUUCACAAUGCCAGAGCUACCGCACACCCAAUGGAAUAUUUUUAUUGCACUUUCACAGAAUUUUCAGUGCUAGCAAGCAACAAAGUGACUGCCCCUAAUUGUGCUCCUUGCAACCCACUAAUCUUUGUUUCUAAAUAAGCACAUCAGACCUGGCUCCUUAAACGGACCAUGAAUUAUUAGCCCUACUGCGAAAACCCGCAGUUCAUUGAGUACUUUGCUAGGUACCUCCCUGUAUGUCCUCUGCUUGGGCUGGUUGAUAUAGUUUAUCCACUAGAGGGGAAAAAGUUAAGUACUGGGGGGAGACUGGAUUCACUUACCAAGGGGAUAAGAAUUGGCAAUAAGGUUAAAGGUGGCCAUAGACGCAAAGAUCCUAUUGUACGAAUCGAGGAUUUGUACGAUUUUCGGACCGUGUAUGAGAGUCCUGACAUUUUUCGUCCGACGGGUUUGAUUUUGUCCCGCCGGAGCCCAUUGCACUCUCACCGUAAUCCGAUCAUAGGGCCGUACGUUCAGAUUACCCCCGAUAUAGCCAUACUCGUUAGUGGCAUAUCGGGGAAAGAUCGACUCGUUUGACAAUGUCGCCAAACAAGCGGAUCUUUGCGUCUAUGUCCACCUUAAGUGGGACAGGGGCAGUCUCUUAAUAUUGUUUGCUAUUUUGCAUUGCAAAUUCACAGUAAUCCCAAUGAUUUACUAAACCACUUCCUAAUUUGUCAAGGCCAGUUACCCUUCUACGUAGGCCCUGGGCCUUAUGGUUUUACUUAAGAAAGCGACCAAUGAGAGAAGCCCAUAAGUCACAAAUGACUGGAGGAAACAUUCCAGCAGCAUCGGUGCCCAACUGAUUACCUGAUAGGGAAUAAAACGCCUCCAACAACCUGAAGGAAAAAGGGGUUUCUGCUUAAAUUUUUAGGGGCUGAACCAAGUUCUGCUCUUCUCUUUAAUAACCUUUUUAUUCUGGCGCAUGAGGUAAAUUAAACGAGGUAUUUGCUGCCCUCUGGUGCCAGGGAUGGAAAAAUGUAUGGGGGUUCAGCAGCCAAAGAAUAGCAGAAGUUUGAUAGCGGUAGAGAGACCUGUAAGAUCCUCAUCUUCCCUAUAUGCCUAUUGAAUGAUACCUAGCAACUGUUUCAUAGCCAAUGAGGUAAUGGCUUGAUUCCAGUUAGGGAUUGUGUAGGCUCAUUUCAGCCUCAAAGAAAGAGCUUUGAGUUAAUUCUGCACCCAAGUCAGCUAAUGUGCCUUCGGCCUAUGGCCCACCUAGUGCCUCUCAGCAGGCAGAGGAACCCUCGCUACCCCGCUGUAGCACCUGUUAUUCACAUGAAUAGAAACCACCCAGGCGCUAGGUGUGCCACAGGCCUUACAGGUAGAGGAUUUGCACAGAUACAGACCUUGCACAAUACUAUCAUGUAGAUUCUCCCCUGUAGAUCAGCCCUUGAGGCCAAGCACUAGCCCUUCUCUCUCUCUCUCUCUGUCACCAACUCAAACUCUUUUGCUUCUGUUCUUUACUUGUGCAUCAGGGAUGGCUCCUGUGUGUCGUACUAUUGUGUGUCCUUAGAUUUCUCUCUCUGCAUGUCAUGUACACAAUAAAAUGUUUUACGGAA